AUGGUUCUCACCGUUCUCAUGUUCCGGUACCGGCGAUACGUUGCCAACGGUAGAAAAGUGCCAGGAAACACUUUGUUCAAAGCCAGUGAAUAUAGAACCUAUGUUUCACCCUUGGAGAUCGACAUCUACUUGCACAAAUCCAAUUCCACCUACUUUGCUGAUUUAGACAUUGCCAGAACCAAAUUGGUCGGGGAAAGAUUCGGCCCGCUUUUUUGGAAUUAUUAUGAUAACACAAACGACGAAUUCUCCACCAGAUCUUUGUCCAAUGUCCCUUAUAUCCCUAUGGGGUCCGUCCAAGCGACAUUUAAGAAGGAGCUAACGUUGUUCACUCGAUAUUUCAUCAAAAGCCGUGUGUUUGCAUGGGACUCCAAAUGGAUGUACAUUUUGUCGCAGUUUGUCGUGAGACACCCCAACACCAAAAAGGAGACAUUGUAUUGUGCAGCAGUCACCAAAUAUGUGUUUAAGAAGAAUGGUAGAAUGACCAUUAAACCUGAGGAGUUGAUUAAAGAGUGUGGCUUAUGGAACGACGACGUUGUGAAGGAGAACGAAAUCAACUAUAAGUUGGUUGAACAUAUGAAAGACAUUGACGACAUUGAACAAGUGUGUAGAAACUUUUAG